AUGGCCGAUCAAGCCGUUGAGCACGAGAAGAACGAAUCUAUCGCUGAAUCUCUGAUCGAUAAGAUCACAGAUAAAUUUCAUGGCUCUGAUUCUUCCUCGUCGGAUUCCGACGACGACGACGACGACGACAUCAAAUCGGCUGCCGCUGCUGUGAAGGCCAAGAUCUACCGCCUCUUUGGCCGUGAAAAGCCUGUACACAAGGUUCUAGGCGGUGGAAAACCUGCUGAUAUUUUCCUCUGGAGGGACAAGAAAGUUUCUGCUGCUGUGCUUGGUGUUGCCACCGCUAACUGGGUUCUCUUUGAGUUGCUCGAGUACCACUUACUCACACUUGUGUGCCAUCUCCUAAUCCUUGGCCUGGCGAUCCUUUUUCUCUGGUCAAAUGCCUCAACUUUUAUCAACAAGUCUCCACCUAAGAUCCCAAAUGUUGUUAUUCCUGAGGAUAUUGUUCUGGCUAUAGCUUCUUCUAUUAGGAUUGAAAUCAAUCGAGCUCUUGCCACCCUUCGAGAUAUUGCAUCAGGGAGAGAUCUAAAGAAAUUUCUUGCGGUGAUUGCUGGCUUAUGGGUUCUUUCUGUCUUCGGAAGUUGCUUCAACUUCUUGACCCUAUUCUACAUUUGCUUUGUUUUGUUGCUCUCCGUGCCUUUGAUUUAUGAGAAAUACGAGGACCAAAUUGAUGCUUUUGCUGAGAAAGCUGAGGCGGAGCUGAAGAAACAGUUUGACAGAGAUGAUCUGUUGGGAUGGUUGUGUUUUCCCCGAAAGUAUGUUGGUGUUCGCAACGGAGAGUUUCGCUCGGCCGCGCCGCGGUCACUGCAGGUCAAGUCCCCCGACCCUCGUUGUGUUUGGAUUCCAGCGGCCGAAUUAGGGCUUGCCAAGCUGUGCUGCUUCGGUGGGUCCUGGUGGGUGCUUGGUUUCCGACUCACGACGGCGGGGCUGGGCGGCAUAUUCUGA